AUGACGUCCUACCACCAGCGGCGACACACGAUCGCCGAGCCCUCGAGCGUGGGCUUUGGCCCGCCGCUGCUCGUGACCAUGGUGUUCAUGGACGACCGCUCGGACGCGCUCUCGAUGCCGACGUCGGUGCGCGGCGGCGUAGUGUGGCCGCGGCACGAGGUGCGGCCGUCGACCUUUCUCUCGCAAGCGAGCUUUCUCCACUGCCCGCGCUUCGACACGCUCACGACCGCGCUCGUCGCCCACGCGCCGCCGCACUGGAUCGUCGACAUCCGCACCGUGUGUGUCCUCUUCCGCGGGCCGCACAAGGCCAAGAAGGACGAGCGCCCGGUGCCGCACGUCAUCAUAUCGCGCAACCAGUGGGAGACGGUACGCAUGGAGACGACGUCGAAGCGCCGCAACAACGCAAAGCUCAACGAGAUCCGCCUCGUCAUCAUCCCCGCCGCGGCAGACUGGGGGAUCCCCCUCAUACCCCGCGAGCUGUGGGACGCCAGCCUGCGCCAGAUGAGCAUCACCCCCGCCGACUCGCGGCGGUCAGCGCUGUACGCCCAGGCCAUGGUCAACCUCGUCGCCCACCACCGCGACCACGCCAACAAGGUGCUCGCGCCGUUCAUCGCCGACGAGGCGCCGCCGCAGGAGGACGCGACCCCGCCGCCAGAAGACCCCACCGCGCCGCAGGUGCCCACGAGCGGCGGGUGGUUCCCCUUCCGGCUUCUUUCCCACCUCCGCCCAGCACCAGACAGCAGCACCACCCCGCAAGUGACCCAGACCCAGCCGAUCCCCGUGCCCGGUCACCACCACGCGAAUCAGCCGCACCAGCUCCGGCACAGGCGGACACUGUCCAACGUUCUCGAGGGGUACGAGUUCCCCACUACGCCGAAUCACGCGUACUCGAGUCAUGAGCACCGCACCCCCCACUCCCACUCCCACCCCCACCCGUUACUCGGCUCUCCCCUGCCCGUGCUCGCGACCACGUCCCUCAACCACGGCGACCCCCGGCCCAGCCACACCGUCCACCACCUUGGCCGUGCACACCACCGGUACCAGACCAUGACGGGGCUCGACCCACGCGCCAAGCCCCCUGCGACGAGGCCAACUGGGUCCUGGGGCAACUGGUUCAACUGGAGCCCCUAA